AUGAUUGGAGACAGAUGGGGUCUGAGCCCAGACAAGAUCUGCUGGGUAUUUAACGCCAUAAUCAAACCAAUAAUGACCUAUGCCUGUGUUACAUGGGCACCCAGACUACUUGAUAACAAAUCUCUCAUGACACGAUUGGACCGAGCAGGGAAUCUUACACUACUGAUGGCAUCAGGCGCCAGACGCACGUCGUCUCAGGAGGUCUUACACACAUUAUUUUCAUUCCUCCCAGCUUCCCUCGAGCUAGAGAAAACAUCCCUCCUCCAAGCCCUCCGCCUCAAAAGCCUUGAACACUGGCCUAACCUUCAAGUCGAUCACACCGUACGGAAAUCCCUUGAACCAUGUUGUUACAUUAUUGAUCGCAUUCUAAACAAGAUCUUCACAAACUACAACUGCCACACAAAUGACCUGACCAAACCAACUAACAUCAGCCAGAAGAAUUACACCUUAGAAAUAAACGGUAACGACAUGGUUCCUCUAGAUCCAAUUAACUACAUAAUUACAACUUACACAGAUGGAUCGAAACACUCAGAUGAUUCCACAGGCUACGGUGUGGCUAUCUUUAUAGAUAAAGAAACACGGAUGACAGAAAACUACACCAUGAAACAGCAUCACACAGUCUUUCAAUGCGAAGCACACGCUCUCCUCAGAGCUAGUAUCCUUCUAAACGACAUUUUGUCAUCCCCCUCUCUCUCAGAACACAGAGUCAUAAUCUACUCAGACUCACAAGCACUGAUCAAAGCACUUUCGAACCCCUACUCAAUCAGCAAAACCAUCAUAGAUCUCCACAAUAGCUUAAACGAUACAGCCUCAACUCACCUUAUCACGAUAGAGUGGGUUCCAGGUCACAAAGACCACUACGGAAACGAGCUUGCAGACAAACUAGCGAACAUCAGAGCUGUCGUACCAAAUCCAACUCUCUCGACAAACCAGCCGAACAUUCCCCACACAUUCUUCAAAAACAAGGUUCACAAAUAUACAAACGACAAAAAGAACAAGCGCUGGAAUAACUCUAACAUAAGUAAAAACACAAAAGAACUGGUAUCAGCAAUUGUAAACCGCAAUCUUCAAGGCCAACACCUCUUCAAGCUGGGCUUUGACGUCCUCAAACCAUUGACUAGACUCAUUACAGGUCACAACAACCUCAACCAUUUCCAAAACAAAAUUGACUUCACAACAGCACCAUAUUGUAGCUUCUGCGAAGACGACGUCCACGAAACAGCCAUGCACCUCAUAUGCGACUGUGAAUAUUUCGCCAGGACCCGUAUGGAAAAAUUCGGAGAAGACCCGAUAACAAUUGAUCAACUCAUGCGCCUUACUUCACUAACAAAGAAAAAGGAUUUAACAGUACUACUAGACUUCAUCGGGGACUACGAACUAUGA